AUGAAAUGUAUCCGUCGCCAAAUCCAACAUACAGCGCUCCACUGGAUCCUCUCUCCAGAAGUUCCUGUAGAGAAAACACCAGUGCCAUUGGUUGAAGACCUUCUGCUUUCAGGAAGCUUUCUGCAUGCUGAAGACCAGGACAAUUGGCUACGUACACAACUCAAAGUCACGGAGGGCAUUAUAAAUACGACAGCUGAGAAAUCCAAGGGGCAGAGAAAUAUUGCUGUUUGGGCCAUUGUCAGAAAACUGAGGAUAACAGCCUCCAAUUUUGGACAAGUCUUAAAGGCUGCAAGACGGAAGAGGAUGAGGAAGUCUUUGUUGAAAAGACUGCUCUCCGCAUACAACCUAGACAGAAGUCCUGCCAUUUUAUGGGGGAUAACGAACGAAAGAGCGGCAAUUGACAGCUACAUAAUCUUAGGGGCUUAUGUUGAAGAGACAGGAGUUUGGCUACACGAGUCUGGCGCUAUAGGGGCUGAUGGUGCAGUUCAAACAGUCCCUGGAUUUUUUCUUGAAACAGCAGACGGGUAUUUGCACCUAAAAGCUCACAGUGAUUAUUACCAUCAAAUUCAAGGGCAGCUGUACAUCACCAAGAAGAAAUGCUGCGAUUUAAUAGUAUGGACACCGACAGAUCUGGCUAUCAAUCGCAAUGUAAAGGACAUAAAUUGGUCAGCGAAAAUAGAUAACCUCAUCGAUUUUUAUUUUCAAAAGUUCAUACCAGAGGUCAAAAAGAAAUAAAUUGUACAGUUUGAUACCCAUCUGCUGACUGUUUCUGGUGAACGUACUUGUAAGAGUCGUAUUCACCUUUAAGAUUUGUAUCAUGAACGAAAUAUUUCAUCAUAUUACUGAAAUUACAUGUUGUUUCUCUAAUAAUAUUCUUUAAACAAGUAUGCCAAACAUUAAACUGAUUUAAUUAAACUUAUAAUACACGUACUUGCUAUUUUUUGUACUGAUUUUUUUCUUUAAAAACACAACCGAGUUAGUAUGAGACAUAUGUAUGAAGUACUGUAUACAGGGUUAUUUUUGCCCCUAGUUAUA